UACAAACAUUUUCUGAUUUUAUUUCUUUAAUUAAAAUCUCUUUUUUUUAAAAAAAAAAAAAAAACAGUCUAGCCUUACGAGAAAAUUACAAGAAUGGAAGGUUUUUAAAAGGUGUUUGGUGUUUGGAAAUGAAACACUUCCCAUAGCCUGGCGUUUCUUGUUGAUCUUGGCCUUGAGCACCAGCAAUCCUGGGAUGCUGCAUUAAAAGCAUCUCAGGUGCAGAGACAGUGUGGGGUUCAGGUUAGUCACAUCCCAAGAAGACUUCAUGUCAUUUUUCUACAUAGCAUCUGGACUGAAGCUACUGUUUGUCAUGAUACAGGAGAGGGCAGGAUGAGGAUGCAGGCUGCUCUUGUGGGCUGGGCUUGUACCACCGUCUGCCUGGCUUCCUGUUCGUCUGCCUUUUCCCAUGGUGCCAGCAUGAAGGCCUGUGAGGACAUGCAGCCCAAGCACAUCCGAGCCCAGCCUCAGCCCCAGGACACUCACCACGUCAGCAUCCACAUUGGCAGGUCUUCCUAUGUACCAGGUGACAAGAUUCCAGUGACGGUGAGAAGCAGUCGUGAUUUCAUGGGAUUUCUACUUCAGGCUCGGAGAGUGUCUGAUCACCAAGUCACUGGCACUUUUGUUUUCAUUCCUCCUCGUUCCAAGCUGGUGACUUGUUUUCAAGCGGCUGAUGCAGUCACCCACUCUGACAAGUCCCUGAAGAGAAACCUGUCGUUCAUGUGGAAGGCCCCUGCCCAGCCUGUGGGGGACAUUAAAUUCCUUUUAUCAGUAGUCCAGUCAUAUUUCGUUUACUGGGCGAGGAUUGAAUCAUCUGUUGUGUCUCAACAGACACCUGGCAGUGCCCGUUCUGAUGACCUCGUGGAGCCCAGAUUACCGAUGCCAACCCUUCACCAGAGGCUGGGUAAUGUUGAAGGAGCUGCCCCAGCUCCCAGGGCCCCCAUCACUCUUCCACAGCAGCACACACAUGUCUUUGCUGUUGCCCUUUCUGGAGCUGCAGAGGAAGAUAACCUAGAUCCUGUUCCUGCCAGUAUUUGGGUGACAAAGUUUCCUGGGGAUACAAAGACUCUGUCCCAACCGUCUUCACACACAGCCACUGAAGGCAGCAUCGACCAGCAACUCAGCGGGGACAGCAAUCCGACCCUAGAGCCAUCUCUGGAGGUCCACAGGCUGGAGAGGCUUGUGGCCCUCAGGAGAGUCUCCUCAGAGGGCUUUGCUUCCAGCCUUAGCGCCCAUCAUAGAACUCAGGAUGAUCCCAGCUUUGAUUCAUUGGAAACUUGCCUGUCCUCAGAUGGGGGUGAACAGGACAAGGUGAAGGCUUCUAACAGGACCAUGACACGGCCUCCUCUGUACACCAUCCAGCUUACCCAUCCCCAGCGCCUCUCGUCCUCUGAAACUUUCACAGGGAGUGGGGCUGGGGCAAGCAACCCAACGCCUGUCCUCCAGACCUCUGACACUUCUGGGCUACCUGCUUCUGGUGACCGGUCAGAGGCAUCCAGGCCGUCUGCCAGCUUCUUACCUCAGUCAAAGCACAAGGACCCCAGAGCAGGGAAGGGAGAUGGAGAGGGUGGAGUGGGAUACCCUUGGCAGACCAACUCACGGUCUGACGCUAGGCUAGAGAGAGCCCAGGCCCCUCUGGGAUUCCAGCUCAGAACUCCCCAGCUGGGAAUUCUGCUUUGCCUGUCAGCCACCCUGGGCAUGGCCCUGGCUGCUGGCUUUCGCUACCUGCAUACCCAAUAUUGCCACCAGCGGACAGAAGUGUCCUUCAGUGAGCCGGCUUCAGAUGCUGUUGCCAGGAGUGACAGUGGUGAGACUGUGCAUGUCAGGAAGAUUGGGGAGAACAGUUUUGUUUUGGUUCAAGCAGAGUACAAUUGGAUCACUCCUUCUGUGGGUAGCAAGAAAACAGUCCUCUGAGAAGACUGUCAUCCCAGACCUGUCAAUGGCCCUCCUUGGGCCCUGGAGAGUGUCCCAGACAGAGCAGAGCUAAUGAGAAUACCUGAUGAGGACAGGGACUCAUUCUGCCCCCGUCAAUGUGCAGUUAGUGGAGGAAUCCGGGAGAGGACAGUUUUAUCUACAGAGGGAGUUAUUCCCAAGCUUUGUUGUCUUCACAUCUGUAAUUGAGCUUCUUUUUUUCUUUUUACAAUUAGAGGUUCUGUUUGAAGAGUUAAACUCAACACAAUGAAUAUUGUAUAACCUCCUCAUUAACUAGACCCCUGUGGCUGCUAAGCUUCCUCUGUUGCCUUAAGGAAGCCAUAGAAAUAGAAAUUCUGUCCCUCCUUCGUGUCUCAGCCUCAUCUCUUCUAACCCUUUGGAAAAAAAGUAAUGUCGGGUUGUGUCUCCUGUAAGAAAAAGAACUGCAGUUCUCACUUUGUCUCCCUAAACCACCCCCCAAAGAAGUUUUCUUUUCAAAACUAGAAUUCAAAAACUUGCCAGAGUUCUAAUUUGGAUGACUAGGAGAAUGCAAGGGUAUUUGGUCUUCUUGGCAACUCAGCAGCCUGGCAAAUCCACCACGGAAAUGGAUCCAAAGUCAGGAAAGCUUUUGAGAGCUUGAUUGAACACAUCUUUAGGAAAACAUAUGCAUGUUACACAGGCCAUAAGCACCAGAGUGGGGUAAGCAAGCCUCUUCAUCAGGUGUAAAUGUAUCUGAGACCUCCCAUCCAUUUACACCUGAUGGAAAGAUUUGUGUAUUCCAACAGCUAGCAGACAUAUUGCCUUUUGCCAAAGGCCAGGCUGAAAAACAUUAUUAUAUCAGCACAGUUUGAAGAACAGUCUUUACUUGUCUUUUCAGGGAAUGUCAGGAAGAAAGCUUCAUGGGCGAAGGUCAUCUAUCUGAUCUCAUAACCUUAUGAAGAUUGCUUUGAUUUAACAGUGGUUCCACAGAUACUAUCUGGGGUCAAAACAACAGAUCUGAAUAUAACUCUUAAUUAUGUUCCCCUAAUAUAACACAUUAGAAUUAGCUGCCUCUUCAGAAUGAAACCUAUUAUAGGGUCACCAUUCAUUUUAAUGCACCAUUCAUUUUAUUAUAAAGUCACCAUUCGUUUUAAUGCAGAAACAGAAACCACUACAAAUUCAGAAAGGAUAUUUGCUUAUUAAACACUCAAUUCAUAUAGGAACUGUGCUAAGAAGUCUGCACAUAUCUUCACAUUUAAUUCUCACAAAAAUUUAGUGAGAAAUAAGUUCAGUAACUUUCCAAGGAAAAUGAGGCUUUCCUUACACCUCAAUUCAACAAUUUUUAAAAAUUGGGUGUUCAGGAAAGAGACAGCUUCUGCUUUUUCCACACCCCUCUUUAUCCCAUUGGUCAUCAAUUCCAAGACUCUCUCCUCUAAAUUCUGGGCUAGAUAGCUCUGUUCCCUGGCUUCAAUCAUUAGAUGCAUGGAGACCUAGGCAAUUUGUAUUUUCAUGAAUAGAAGUGAUCUAGGAAUGCUACAGAAAGAAAGAAAUGUGCUGUACUCUAAUAAGGCCACAGAUAUCCCUUCUGCAUGCCUAGCCCUCUAAAAGAUGUCCUCCUCAAGAAGCAAACAAGGGACCCCAUUACUGGAGAGCUCUCAUCUGGCCACAUCACAUCAGAGCCAGCACCAUGUAUACAAUACUUUUGAGAUCUUUUCUGUCUAAGAAUUUUCCUAUGUAAACAGACUGUUUUGUUUAUCUAUUGGUGUGAACAAAUUACCUCCAAACUUAGUGGCUGAAAAUAA